AGAGCUUGCAUGCGGCGGUUGGCUGUGGGGGCUCGGGGGCGGAGCUCAAGGCCCUGGGAGGUUCCGUGCCCCUGGUCCGGCCGCUUGUUUGGCUGCUGCCGUCACCUCAUGGCGACGCGGGUAGAGGAGGCAGCGCGGAGAAGAGGCGGCGGCGCUGAGGAGACCGUGGAGGCCGGACAGGGCGGACGGCGACGCAGCCCGAGGCAGAAGUUUGAAAUUGGCACAAUGGAAGAAGCUGCAAUUUGUGGACUUGGGGUGAAAGCAGAUGUGUUGUGUAACUCUCAGUCAAAUGAUAUUCUUCAACAUCAAGACUCCAGCUGUGGUGGCAUGACUACCAAGCAUUCACUAGAAGGGGAUGAAGGCAGUGACUUUAUAAGAAAGAACAGGAAUUUGGUGACUCCAGCGUACUGCACCCAGGAGUCAAGAGAGGAAAUUCCUGGGCGAGAAGCUCGAACAGGUCCCCCUGAUGGUCAGCAAGAUUCAGAGUGCAGCAGUAACAAAGAGAAAACCUUAGGAAAAGAAGUUUUAUUACUGAUGCAAGCCCUAAACACCCUUUCAACCCCAGAGGAGAAGCUGGCAGCUCUCUGUAAGAAAUAUGCUGAUCUCCUGGAGGAAAGCAGAAAUGUUCAGAAGCAAAUGAAGAUUCUACAGAAGAAGCAAGCCCAGAUUGUGAAAGAGAAAGUUCACUUGCAGAGUGAACACAGCAAAGCUAUCUUGGCAAGAAGCAAACUGGAGUCUCUUUGCAGGGAACUCCAGCGUCACAAUAAGACCUUAAAGGAGGAAAAUAUGCAGCAGGCACGAGAGGAAGAAGAGCGGCGUAAAGAAGCAACGGCACAUUUCCAGAUUACUCUAAAUGAAAUCCAGACCCAGCUGGAACAGCAUGACAUACACAAUGCCAAACUCCGACAGGAGAACAUCGAGCUGGGGGAGAAGCUGAAGAAGCUCAUUGAACAGUAUGCACUGAGGGAAGAGCAUAUUGAUAAAGUAUUCAAACACAAGGAGCUGCAACAACAGCUUGUGGACGCCAAACUGCAGCAAACGACACAGCUGAUAAAAGAAGCUGAUGAAAAACAUCAGAGAGAGAGAGAGUUUUUAUUAAAAGAAGCAACAGAAUCCAGGCACAAAUACGAACAAAUGAAACAGCAAGAAGUACAACUAAAACAGCAGCUUUCUCUUUAUAUGGAUAAGUUUGAAGAAUUUCAGACUACUAUGGCAAAAAGCAAUGAACUAUUUACAACUUUCAGGCAAGAAAUGGAAAAGAUGACAAAGAAAAUUAAAAAACUGGAAAAAGAAACACUUAUAUGGCGUACCAAGUGGGAAAACAAUAAUAAAGCACUUCUACAAAUGGCUGAAGAGAAAACUGUCCGUGAUAAAGAGUAUAAGGCCUUUCAAAUAAAACUGGAACGGUUAGAGAAGCUGUGCAGGGCUCUUCAGACGGAAAGAAAUGAGCUCAACGAGAAGGUAGAGGUCCUGAAAGAGCAGGUCUCUGCCAAAUCAACUGACGGGGACUUUGUGGUGUCUGCGCUGCGGCCCUGCGCUGCCCUGGAUUCUCCCAAGGAGCUGAACACUUCCUCUGGAGCCCUAGGAGUGCACCUGGAGGCCAAGGCAGCAAAUGAGAGAAGUGCUGCACAAAAGCCUCCGUCCCCAGGGUCUGCCCUAGGCAUUGAGUCAGUUGACUAAGGUGAAGUGUGAUCACUGUAUUAAGAGAUAUAUUUUGUGUAUAACUUACUCUGUUAGUAGUUAACUAUUGGUUUUGUGGUGAAAAUUUUCUUACUUUUUCUACCAUAUCUGUAUUUUCUUAGAACUACUGGAUUUACGUGGUACAGGAGGCUGCUUAGCAGUUUUGAAUAGUUUUAAUCUAUGAAUUUCCCUCAGCUGUGUUGCACAUCUGCCUCAUUUUCCUUCUUUGUUGGCGUGCAUGUGUUCAUUGCCUUGUCCUUUCUCUUCCCUGCUCCUUGCACAUCAUUUUCCUAUUUGAAAUUUCCCUCAAGACAGGGCCAACCAUUACAAAAGAACUUUUCUCAUGAUGGCUCCCUGAUGUGAAAAAAUUAAGCAUCUUGGCCCCCUAUCGACGACGAUUAGUUUUGUCUAAUAGUCCAUUUAAAUGCCAAGAAAAAAAACCCUAUAGUGUUGGGUCAGAAACAAGCAUAGCAUAUUCAUGUUAGUGCUUUGAUAAUAUCUAUAUCACUUAACAAAUUAAGAUGGCUGAAAGCCUUCACUUCCAA